GGCUCCUGCCCUUUUCCGGUUGUAGCGCCUCGCGGUGAGGAUCGCCAUAGUUCGGCCGCAGCCAUGCCGUCCAAGGGCCCUCUACAGUCCAUUCAGGUCUUCAGACAGAAGAAGACAGCCACCGCCGUGGCCCACUGCAAACGGGGCAACGGGCUUAUCAAGGUGAACGGGAUGCCGCUGGAGAUGAUUGAGCCACGCACGCUGCAGUACAAGCUGCUGGAGCCUGUUCUGCUCCUUGGCAAGGAGCGCUUUGCUGGCGUGGACAUCCGGGUCCGAGUGAAGGGUGGCGGUCACGUGGCUCAGAUUUAUGCGAUCCGCCAGUCCAUCUCCAAAGCCGUGAUGGCCUAUUACCAGAAAUAUGUGGAUGAGGCGUCCAAGAAGGAGAUCAAAGACAUCCUCAUCCAGUAUGACCGCACCCUGCUGGUCGCUGACCCCCGCCGCUGCAAGUCCAAGAAGUUUGGAGGCCCCGGUGCCCGUGCUUGCUACCAGAAAUCCUACCGAUAGGCCCAUCACCCCGAUCAGGGGCGGCUCUGUAAUAAACAGUGGCUGUGGGAUUUUAAAUUAAAAAAAAAAAAAAAAAAAAGUACCUGGCUCCUGCCAUCAGAUCAGUGUGGUGCACCGGCCGCAGCGCGCCGGCCGCGGUGGCCAUUGGAGGGUGAACCAAUGGCAAAGGAAGACCUUUCUCUCUGUCUCUCUCUCACUGUCCACUCUGCCUGUCAAAAAACAUAA